AUGAUGAUGUCAUUGGCAGAAAGUAGAGCUCUUGCGGGCUUCUAUUUUGGCCUGCAUGGCCGUGAUUUGGGUAUCUAUCAUCUGCAAUUGAUGAAACAAUCCAUUCGAGAGUGUAUUAUGAGUAUGAGCCUAUCUAGACGAUGGGCGGCAGCUAUUUUAGCUCUGUGCCUGACAUUGACAGGCGGCUCCGCAAGGUCCACCUCCACAUUCCCAUUCACAUCCACCCAGAUUCCCCUCGUUACUCAGUCACACUCCGAAAACUACGAAUUCAACUCCCUCCGUCAUCUCCCAGGAAUCAGUCCCUAUUUCGAUGCAAUUGGUUCUGGCUUGGACCAUACGCCUCCUCAAGAUUGCAAAGUCACCGCUGCAUCGUACCUUAUCCGACAUGCAGCAAUUUAUGCCAAUGACGACGAUUAUGAAAAAUACAUCGCGCCCUUCCUCAAGAAACUUGACACCACUGUGGCAUGGAAGGUGCGGAAAGGAUGGACGGGCUCUCUGUCAUUCUUCAACAAAUGGCAAACGCCAAUACCAGAUCCCGAUAAUCAAUUGGAGAAAAUCACCCCGCAGGGAAUAAAAGACUCGAAAAAGGUUGGGAAACACUUGCUGUCAAGAUACCCAGAGCUGGUUCCCACGACAAAAAGAAUAUAUGCGGAUAAGAAAUCGCGAACACAGGAUACCGCAAAGGCAUUUGUGAAAGUUUUUCCUCAGGAGGUGGAGAUUGUGGAGAUGGAUCCAGGGAACAAGUCUUCCUUUCGUUCCCAGCUACCCCACAAGGCUUGCAAUGCGUUCUCCAAGACGCCAGGAAAUGAUGCACUAAGGACAUUUAUGUCAUCUUAUACUCCACCGAUAAUUGAACGUCUUCAGCGAUACGCACCUAUCCGAUUGGAAGAGACGGAUAUCAUGGGCAUGCAGCAACUAUGUGGUUAUGAAUCCGCUAUCCGUGGAAAGAAAUCCCUUAUUUGUGACGUUUUUGCAGAUAACGAGUGGAUGGCUUACGAGUAUGCUUGGGAUAUGAAAUAUUCUUUGAUGGUUGGCCAUGGCAACCCUCUCUCGCCGUACUUAGGUUUUCCAUGGCUCAAUACAACUUCAAAGCUAAUGUCCAAAUUCCACGUACCAACGCAUGAAGGCGGCUCUGAAGGAAUUCCCGACGAUGAUGGGCAACGAUUCUUCCUAAGUUUCACACAUAGAGAGGUGCCGCCAUUUAUUGCAACUGCACUUGGACUAUUCAAUUCCUCCAACUCUCAUGCAGAAGAGUUUCCUUUGGAUCGUGUGAAUUGGAGUCGAUCAUGGCGCAUGGCAGAACUCAUUCCAUUUCUCGGACACGUGGGGAUUGAGAUACUCACAUGCAACUCAGUUUCCGCUGACCCAAAUGAUACUAGAGAGUAUAUCAGAAUCAUCGCAAAUAGUGCACCAAGACCAAUUCCACAUUGUCAAGAUGGACCCGGUGCUAGCUGCAGUUUCGAUAAGUUUACUAAAAUUGUUCAGUUGGGAAUGAACGAAUAUGGAGAUUUUGACGGGAUAUGCCGCAAUGACGAGAAGGUUGGGGUUUGA